AUGUCGUCGGCCGCCAACUUCAUCCAGCUGGCAAAGUCGCUGCCUGCACCCCUUCAGCGCUUCUUCGCCAGAUGGCCUCCCGCAGCCAUUGUCCCCAACGGCACGCCUCCCACUAUCUACCAACAAGAGCGACCGAAUCCAUUCCAAUUCUACAAGCAUCCCGUCACCGGCAAGUGGCAGGAUCCCGUCUUCUCACAGCGCCGCCAGGCCGAGCUCGCCAAGAUGGCACACGAGCACGGUGUUCAGGACUUGCUGCCCGAGACGCCCAAGAGUAAGGAGGCUCGCCUCGCCCAUCGCAUUGAGCAUGGUCUGAGAGUAAAGGGUACUGGUGUUGGCCAAAAGGUCAAGGGCCGCGUCCACGAACGACACAUGAUUGCCAGAAUGGAACAAAGAAGAAAAGCCAUGCUGGAGAUGCCUCAGCUCAUCAAGGCCUGGAAAAAGGUCGGCAAGAAGAACUGGACCAAGUUCCCAAAAUAA